GGGCCACCUCAGCAGCGCGGGCCGCGAUGUCGUCCCGGCCGGGGCGCGACGAUGCGGGGGCCGGGGGCGUGCGGCGGCCGCGGGAGCCGGCAGAGCAGGAGCUGCAGCGGCGCCGGGAGCAGAAGCGGCGGCGGCACGACGCGCAGCAGCUGCAGCAGCUCAAGCACCUGGAGUCCUUUUAUGAAAAACCUCCUCCUGGGCUUAUCAAGGAAGAUGAGACUAAGCCGGAAGACUGUAUACCAGAUGUACCAGGCAACGAACAUGCCAGGGAAUUUCUGGCUCACGCACCAAUGAAAGGACUUUGGAUGCCACUGGGGAAAGAAGUCAAAGUUAUACAGUGUUGGCGGUGUAAACGGUAUGGUCACUGAACAGGCAACAAAGAAUGCCCUUUUUUUAUCAAAGGCAACCAGAAGUUAGAACAGUCAGCGUAGUAAGUAGAACACCACCUUGUCAAUUUACAUUUUUCAGAAAUAAUGGAUAUUAAUGAAACAGGCAGUAAUCAGUGAACUGGAAGUUCACGUAAAAUACAUUCGCAGAAGCUUUUUCACCAGAGUAUCUGGUGUUGACUACAUCUGUUAUUAAAUUACAUUUGUGUGACAGUUAAUAAAAAACUAACU